AUGGAAGAAUAAAUGUUUUAUGGAAAAGGAAAAGGCUGUGAACAUGUUAUGGGUAAAUGUAGAACUUCAACAAGAGAAUAUUGUAAUCCUGAUACUGACUAAUUAUUAUGCGAUUUUUACCACCAUGGAUCUUCUAAAUGUAGAGUUAGUAUAUUUGAAGAUCAGGGAACCAAAUUUGGGAUUAAUUCAUGA